AUGGACGGUGUCAAGAUAAUUGCUAUGCUUCUGGCUAUUUGGGGUUUUGCCACUUAUAUUUAUCAGAACUACCUUGAUGAUUCUAAGGAUCGUACCUCUGUGUCGGUUCUUGAUCUUUUUUCCGGCCAAGUGAUUUCAGAUGCUUUAGUUAGGAAGAAAGUGCUUAAAACGUAUGCACAAGCGACGUAUAAUAAUGGCUGA